AUGCACCAAUUUACCAGCUCGCGCGUGCAAUGCGCAGCUAACUACCCCUCUCCCCAAAUCAUCGGUGAACGAAACUGGCGCAGCUACAACCAGUGUACGACGAACAGCCACGACGAAAUACUCAAUAUUCAGUUAGAUUUGGUGAUUUGGAAAUGUUUCAAAGUAGAUAAGCCAUUGAUGUGGCCCGUCUCGGGGUCCCCAUCCAGGAAGACGGCAGCGACCAGCGCAGCUGAGUUUACAGCUAAUGGCUUUCAUACUUCGCUGCCAAAUCACUCUUUGACCGCCUCUGGCUCUCUUCAACCCUUCACGUGGUUUUGCUACGAUAUUCGGGACAUCGCGAUACAUGUAUGUAUUUGUAAUGCACUACUCAUAAGGUUGCUGGAAAUUCUUCGGCAGCCCACGACCGAGUUCGCCCUUUUUGGAGCUCAUCAGGUAGGCGCAGUCCUCGAGUUUCCGUCAACCUUAGGUUCUAGUUGGACCAAAUUCCACAGAAUUAAAGAAAGAAAGCGUUCAGCUGUAGCACCCUUCCGGUGCCUAGCUGCCAUGCCACCCGAAGAAAGCACGAGGGCUAGGAUACUGCCAGGUUGCCCAAGCCUAGACAGGGGAAGUCGAGUGGCGGAGGUCGAAUUCGAACCACGAACCUUCCGGUCAGUAAAUUCGCGCUCUAACCACUUGGGCCAUCUCGCCCCCAAUGUAAAUUGA